AUGAACAUACCUGCUGACUGUGAAGUGAAGUGUGCACCUAACAAGGUCUUUUGCACUGUCACUCCUUUUACAAGGGACAUCCCUGAGCAGCAGUCAUUGCCUGAAGAGAGCAAAGGUUUCUAUGCCGGGAUUAAGUUUUUACCAGAAUCACUACAAAUUGCAGAGGAUGGCAAAGAGCACGUUUUGACUGUUCUGAGCACUGUACCCAUUGCCUGUCCCGGGCACGAUGAUUCCUGUAAAAUUACUUUGCAGCUAAGUACUGAGGAUUUGGAUAGCCAAUUACUGGGGCCCCCAAACAUCGCCCUUUCCGCAUGCCAGGUGGAUCUGAUGCAGGCGCCCUGCUCGGAAGGCAGCUGUGCAGCCGCCACGCUGACAGUGACAGCCGUGACAGACUUUGCUCAGGAUGGGAACCGCAUCAGCCGCAUCAGAGCUGAGCCAGUCGGAUGGAGGGAUUUGCUUUGGAGGGCUUACACACCCAAGGAUGUGAAGGUCACAGUUCGAGACCUCCCAACAGGGAACUGCUACUCUUUCACUGAUCCACACAUUAUCACAUUUGAUGGAUGGCGCUACGAUAACUAUAAAAUUGGUACCUUCCUUUUGUGCCAGAGCAUGUCCCGGGCGUUUGAAGUGCACGUUCGGCAAUGGGAUUGUGGAGGGCACCGCUCUGCCACCGCCUGCAAUUGUGGCUUAGCUGCGCGAGAGGGGGGUGACACCGUGGUGCUGGACACCUGCAAUGGCCAUUUUCGGGAGAGCAGACCCCAGCUAGCCAUCAAAAGCACUGAGGCAUCACCACAUGUCAAAAUCCUAAAGUCCUACGGAGGGAGAAAAAUAACAAUCCUGUUCCCUUCAGGAGCGUUUGUUCGAGCCGACGUGAGCGAGUGGGGAAUGGGUCUGACAGUGAGGACGCCGGGCAGCGACUUCAACAGCACCAGAGGUUUGUGUGGCCUCUUUGAUGGGAUCGGUCACAACGACCUGAGCAAUGUGCCCGAGGAAGACUUCAUAGAGGAGUGGAGAAUACCUCCAGGGAAGAGUUUAUUUGACAAGACUCCAGAACCUUCUGAGGAGAAGCAAAGGAAAAAUUACUGCAGAUGUCAGAAGGAGAGCACAAAGUCCAUGCCCAUGGUAAACAUGCAGAAUGCCUUUCGGACUCCUUUCUCUCAGUCCUCUGGUUGCCAUUAUGAUCACGUGGAUUACACCUUUGCAAUCUCCUAUCUAGAUGUUACAUCAGAGUUUGUCACUCACUCAGAAAUAGAGUCUAAUUUAAGAAAAGAUAAACUGUUCACCAAGUCUUUUGAUCACAGAUAUCUCCCUAAAUCAGUUCAAAAGCGAGGCAGCCCCCAGGACCAAUUAAAACCCCUCACGUACAAUGUUUCCAUGAAAAGCAACAGUUCCAUUAACUCUACCAAACCAACAGAAGACCUAAGAAGAGCAAAAAGGCAAGACGACUAUUAUGAGUAUUCAUCCAUUCACCCUUUGCGUAGCCCAAGCCAGAGAGACUCAGAGAGUUUUGCAUAUUUUUUCCCAGAGGAUUACUUUGAAGGGAUUCGGACAAAACUUCCCCUGGCAUGGCCCACUCCCAAUGGCCUAACUGCCACCAAAGCUCGGGAGAUUUGCCACGAAAUUCUUGCAAAUUCCACCAUUGGCUUAGUGUGUAAAGGUCUCCUUGGAAAACAGAUGGAUGAGGCAAUUGAUAUAUGCCUUUUAGAUCUGCAGCUCAAAGAUGAUGUGGCUUGGGUGAGGGCACUGAUAGCCCUUUUGGAAAAUGAAUGUGAAAGAAGAGUGCUAGGAAACAGAAACAGAGUGUUUCAUGUAGGAAACCAGCUAUCUGCUACCCAGGAGGAAAUCCUCACCGUUCUCCGGUGUCCUGCUUUCUGUAAUGGCAAUGGACAAUGUACUGAACUGGGCUGCCAGUGUUUUGAAGACCACAGCUCCUACGACUGUAGCAUUGCCAAAA